CCCCCUCGCCUUCCUCCUUUUCUUUUCUCUCUCCAAGUCUUGCAAUAUUAAGACCUUGUAACUGUAAAACAGUGGUACUUAUAUAUAUUCAGCUUUGAAAUUGCUCGGUGCAUUUAUUACAAUAUACAUAAAACAUUUCACCUUUCUUUCUAUUAAACCCUCUUCCUGCUCAACCUCACGAGGAGUAAAUUCGCACAUAUCAUAUUCACCUCCCACAACAUGGAGCCUCUAAAGUCAGAGCCAUCUCUCUCUGAAACUUCAAGCAUCAUCUCUGUAUCAAAUGGCCCAGCUGCGAGCCUGAGAACCUCAAUGGAUAGCCAGAAAGAAGGAAAGCAACCGGAAGAAGAAGACCAUGAACACCAACAAGAUGUGAACUAUGAUCUUGUAUUGGAUCUGAGCCUCUCCAGCAAAGAUGAUUCCAAUUCGAAUCCUGAGUUGAAGCCUGAACUCAAUCUCAUCGACUGUUUCAAGACGGAUUCAUCCGAUGAUCAAGAUUCCCUGGAAACUCCUCAAGGUAACGAAACUGAGCCUAGAGUUUUUUCAUGUAACUAUUGCCAAAGGAAAUUCUAUAGCUCACAGGCUCUAGGAGGGCACCAAAAUGCGCACAAGCGAGAAAGAACACUAGCAAAACGAGGGCAGCGGAUUGGUGCAGCCUCUUUUGCAGCUUUUGGGCACCCCAAUGCGCAUUCUAGUCGAUAUUCUAGCAUGGCUUCCCUCCCUUUGCAUGGCUCUUUUAAUAAAUCGCUUGGAAUUCAAGUGCACUCCAUGAUCCACAAGCCAGCUUUUCUUCCGUCAGCGCAUAUUUAUGGGCAUAAUGGAUGGUCUAGAAGGCCUAUUGAUUCAAAACCGGCAAUCGGGCACCUUUCCAUGGAGAAAUUCCAUGUAGGAAUUAAUGCUGGAUCAUCAGCAAGUAAUGCAGCUGCAAGAUUCGAAACUAGUACACGAAAGUUGGGUCCAGCCACGGAGGGGAUGGGUGGAUAUUGGUGGGUGGAUAGUGUUAACCAUUUCAAGACAAAGCAAGAUGAGUUGAAGCUUGACUUGUCCUUGAAGCUCUAAGUAGUCUAGUUUUACCCUUCCUCUUCUUUUAAUGACAUCUUAUCUCUGGUUCACUCUUCUUGUUUUGCUAGAGUUUUUCCCUUUGAAUUUUAGUUGGAUCUUUUGUAAAUGCAUUUUGGUUACAGAAGACUUGAAGAGAUUUUACUAUUUGCCAUUCCAAAGUCGGAAAAAAAACUUUCCCAA